CCGCGGCGGGCGCCUUCCUUCGCAGCACAGCAUCCCCGUCGGCCUCCGCCGGGCCCCUCGGCCGCCCCCGGACAAUGAGUCCCCCGACAUUCGGAUUCAUGGAAAUAUGCAUUUCUUUAAUACUGUCUUGGAAUUAAUGAAGUGGAAGUACAGGUCAAAGCAGUUUGAAGACACUUGGAAGUACAGUCUUAGUCCGCCCUUUCUCCAAGGAGUCGGGAAACUGCAGUUGGAGUAGCAGCAAUAAUUGAAUCCUCACUACUGCUGGCCACAAAAUCCUCAACUGGGCUUCAAGGAACCAACCCGGCUUAAAAUUUGUCAAGCAGUAGGGCCGGUCACUGAGAGUGACAGUGCACAGGAAGGAUUAAGAUUGAACAAUGACUCGGUUGAAAAUUUAUAUCAGAUUAUUGGGUGCCUAUCUGCUCAUCGUCCUUCAUGUUCGAGGGCAGGAUUUAGACAGCGUGCUUCAUGGCCCAGGAGCCAAGCCAGAUCCUGACCAAAAGAAACCAGAAAAUGGAGUAACCUUAGCCCCAGAGGACACCCUUCCCUUCUUAAAGUGCCACUGUUCAGGACACUGCCCGGACGAUGCUAUUAAUAACACAUGCAUAACUAAUGGGCACUGCUUUGCCAUUAUAGAAGAAGAUGAUCAGGGGGAAACCACGUUAGCUUCAGGUUGUAUGAAGUAUGAAGGCUCUGAUUUUCAGUGCAAGGAUUCACCAAAAGCCCAGUUCCGGAGGACAAUUGAAUGCUGCCGGACAAAUUUAUGUAACCAGUAUUUACAGCCAACACUACCCCCUGUUAUUAUAGGUCCAUUUUUUGAUGGCAGUGUCCGUUGGCUGGCUGUCCUUGUUUCUAUGGCGGUCUGCAUAAUUGCUAUGAUCAUCUUCUUCAGCUGCUUUUGUUACAAGCAUUACUGCAAGAGGAUAGCAAGCCGACGGCGGUACAAUCGCGAUCUGGAGCAGGAUGAGGCGUUCAUUCCCGUAGGGGAGUCGUUGAAAGAUCUUAUCGACCAAUCACAAAGUUCCGGCAGCGGAUCUGGGCUCCCUCUCCUGGUCCAGCGAACUAUUGCCAAACAGAUUCAGAUGGUGCGGCAGGUCGGGAAGGGCCGCUAUGGAGAGGUGUGGAUGGGUAAAUGGCGAGGGGAAAAAGUGGCGGUCAAAGUCUUCUUCACCACUGAGGAAGCCAGCUGGUUCCGGGAAACCGAGAUCUACCAGACUGUCCUGAUGCGUCAUGAAAAUAUACUCGGUUUUAUAGCCGCCGAUAUUAAAGGCACAGGCUCGUGGACCCAGCUCUACCUGAUUACCGAUUACCACGAGAACGGCUCUUUGUAUGACUUCCUCAAGUGUGCCACCCUGGACAACAGGGCCCUGCUCAAGCUGGCUUACUCGGCGGCCUGCGGCCUGUGCCACCUCCACACGGAAAUCUACGGCACCCAAGGGAAGCCCGCCAUCGCCCACCGGGAUCUCAAGAGUAAAAACAUCCUCAUCAAGAAGAACGGAAGCUGCUGUAUCGCCGACCUGGGCCUGGCUGUGAAAUUUAACAGUGACACAAAUGAAGUGGAUGUCCCCUUGAAUACCAGAGUGGGAACGAAGCGCUAUAUGGCCCCAGAAGUGCUAGACGAAAGCCUGAACAAAAACCAUUUUCAGCCGUACAUCAUGGCCGACAUCUACAGCUUUGGCCUCAUCAUUUGGGAAAUGGCCCGGCGCUGUAUCACAGGAGGUAUAGUGGAAGAUUACCAACUGCCAUAUUACAACAUGGUGCCGAGCGACCCGUCUUAUGAGGAUAUGCGCGAGGUGGUGUGUGUCAAGCGUUUGCGCCCUGUGGUGUCUAACAGAUGGAACAGCGAUGAAUGCCUCCGAGCGAUCCUGAAGCUAAUGUCCGAAUGCUGGGCCCACAACCCCGCCUCGAGGUUGACCGCUUUGAGAAUUAAGAAGACGCUCGCCAAGAUGGUUGAAUCCCAAGACGUCAAGAUUUGACAGCAGGGUCCCGCGGACGGGCCGCCCGCAUUGGACACCCGGGACGCUGUCACCCAGGCGACGGGGGAUGGAGGUGGGACGACGAGGAGCCCGCCCGGUUUUUUGCAGACCCUUCCCUCACCGCAUCUUUAAAGGCUGCUAAUAGUCACCCUUUUGGUACUCUUUAGAAUAUGAUGGUGGGAACUUUUGGUCACUCCAUGCUCCACUUGUGGACAGCCUUGUCUGA